CGGAGGCCGCGGCGAAGCCGGGGGCUCGCGUAGAUGUGCAGCCCGGGGAGGGCGCCCCCUGGGCCGGCCCCGGCUGGGGACCUGCCGCCCGAGUGGGAGACGGACGACGAGCGUAUGGCUUUUCUGUUCUCGGCUUUUAAGCAGAGCCGCGAAGUGAACAGCACCGAGUGGGACAGCAAGAUGGCCUUCUGGGUCGGGCUGGUGCUGGGCCGGGGCCGCCGCCGCGGUGCGGUUCGUACCUGUCUGCGAGAGCUGCAGAACGGCUUCGAGCGGCGGGGCAGCGUGCCGCUGGGCCUCGGCACCGUACUGCGGGAGCUGCUCAGACGUGGCAAGAUGCAGAGGGAGUCAGACUUCAUGGCCAGUGUGGACAGCAGUUGGAUCUCUUGGGGUGUGGGAGUCUUCAUCCUGAAGCCUCUGAAGUGGACGCUCUCAAGUGUGCUGGGUGACAGCAAAGUACCUGAGGAGGAGGAAGUUCUGAUUUAUGUGGAGCUACUUCAGGAGAAAGCAGAGGAAGUUUAUCGCCUGUACCAGAACUCUGUGCUUUCAUCUCACCCCGUCGUUGCCCUCUCUGAGCUGCGUUCCCUCUGCGCUGGUGUUUGUCCAGAUGAAAGAACGUUCUACUUGCUGCUGCUCCAGCUGCAAAAGGAAAAGAAAGUCACAAUCCUGGAACAGAAUGGAGAGAAGAUAGUGAAGUUUGCCAGAGGACUUCAUGCCAAAGUCUCUCCAAUGAAUGACGUGGACAUUGGAGUCUAUCAGCUGAUGCAGAGCGAGCAGCUGCUGUCACAGAAGGUGGAGUCCCUUUCCCAGGAAGCAGAGAAAUGUAAAGAAGAUGCCCGGAAUGCUUGUAGAGCUGGGAAAAAGCAACUGGCUCUGAGAUGUCUGAAGUCCAAACGAAGGACAGAAAGGCGCAUUGAGGAGCUUCAUUCCAAGCUGGAUGCAGUGCAGGGGAUCUUGGAUCGGAUCUACGCUUCCCAGACCGACCAGAUGGUGUUUAAUGCCUAUCAGGCUGGUGUGGGUGCUUUGAAACUCUCUAUGAAGGAUGUUACUGUAGAGAAGGCAGAGAACCUGGUAGAUCAGAUACAGGAGCUUUGUGAUACUCAAGAUGAAGUAGCCCAGACUCUGGCUGGAGCAGGGGUCAAUGGUUUGGAGAUGGACUCGGAAGAUCUGGAGAAGGAGCUGGACAGCCUCCUCCAGGACUCUGCUAAGGAGCCCGUCCACCUUCACCCUGUGCCCCCAAAGGAGCCGGAUUCUGGAUUUGUAGGAGCCAUUUUGGAUGCUGAGCUUGAAGCUGAGUUGGAAAAGCUCUCUGUUUGUGAUGAAGAUUUGGCACACGAUGCUCCAUCGGCUUCCUCUGAACCCCAAACAGCUCUGGGACUGGAUCUCUAAAGACCCGACCGCAUCCUGUUGCUGCAGUUUGACAAGUUGUCUUCAGGCUCUUUAAUUAUUGACUAAAACUUUGGGACGGGGGGGUCCUGGUCCCCUCUUCUUCAUGAAAUCACUUUGCUAAGCAACAGGAUCUCCUGCCAUGACAAUCCACUCUGGAACUGGCCCCAGCUGGUGUUUGUCAUCUCUGUGCCAACAUCUGCACUGGUCUGAAUUUGACUUGCUGUCAUCUCCAGUCACCUGUGACAUCCAGGAACGCAGUUCACUCCUCUGCCCAGCGGAGAUAAACUCUCUCUGUCCAUAA